CUCACACACACACACACACACUUAAACCCAUCUAUAUAAACACAGAAACCUUCCUGUGUAUUGCCUACAGACACGUUUCAUACAGUGGUGUAGGGGUAAAAAUUGAGGUGAGUAAACUAUGAAUUUUAUUAUUUAUUUAUUUACAGGGUCGUCAAGCCCCCCCCCCCCCUCCUCCGUAGGCUACGGUUGCCGAAAAACUACAUGCAUUGACAUUUCAGCCCCUUCACAGAGGCUUGAGAACCCUGUUUAUUUAUUCAUCAUUAAGUUUCAUUAGGCUUACUUGGAUGGAACCAGUAAAGUUGGCUUGUAUCUGCAUCAUCGUAUUUAAAAGAACGUUAAUAAUAGUAGGCUAUAGCCGUUUGUCCCAUGUCUUAAUGCUAUGUCGUGCAAACCAAAACGUUUACAAACGUGAAUUGAUCUUACUUGAGGCCUUUAGCGGGCAUCUGUGGGAGUGGGAGCACUCGAUGGUCUCUUCAAAAAAAGCCUGAUAUCCAGGGCUAAUUAAUCCAUUCCGAACAGGUAGACUAAUCCACAACGUGUAUGUGUGUGGACAUACUUCGUGGAUCCUGAUUGGUGUCGCCGCCGCAACGCAUUGAUUGGAGGGUCACAGACCAUACAGCGCAGAUGAAUUGAUUCAGACUACAGCGUUGAUAUGUUAAACAAUAUGACAAUAUGACAACGACAGAAUACGAGGCGCAGGGAACUUAGAUGCCCCCACUACAUCCCUGGUUUCAUAUAAAUAAGUUAUCUUGUACAAAUUCUGUGAAGGAUAGAAUACCUUCUAACUGCCUGCAGCCUACUGCCUGCUAGAUCAGUUUUGCUUUAGCUGGAAUGUCAUCUAUCUGGGCUCUCAUAAAAGACACACACCUCCCUGAUGUGUCCUGAAGUCUGUGUUUGCAGGAGGACAUAAACUGGUGUGGUACUGUCCUCAUCAAAGACAUGAGGACUCAGAACAGCAGGCCAGCUUUACAGCGUGUAUAUAUAGUCAUUGUGUCAACACACACUCACUCAAACACAGACACAGACACAGACACAGACUCCACACUACAACUCUCAUAAAACGGAUUGAUGUUUACAAGAAGUUGUCUGCCUGAGCUUCUGCUGCGGUCUUGUCAUGGAGACUGGUUCCAUGGUCAACUUAUCUCACUGUGGCUUCUUUAAGCCACCUGACUGCAGAGGUAUUUGAAUAGCCAGAAGAGAAAGUGACAGAGUAGCCUGUCUGCGAGGCCAACUGGCCUCAAGCAGCCUGAUUCAGCUCACUGAUUAAAUCCCUACAUCCUAAAACAGUCUCAAACUGUGAGUGUACAGCAGGGUGACAGACCACCCGGACAGGAGGCUGCCUGGAUGCCUGGCUGUGUGCCUGCUCCUGGGUGGAGGGUCUUGCUAGACUGCAGCUUAUCGAUGACCUGUCUUAUGAAGACGUGAAGAAAUGUUACCGGGGCUCAACGGUGAGCAAGUACAACUCCCAGUAUCACAAGCUCUUCCAGACUGUUCCCAAGGAGGAGAUCCUCAUGAAAGUCUACUCCUGUGCUCUCCUGCGGGACAUCCUGCUGCAGGGGCGUCUCUACAUCUCACGCAAUUGGCUGUGUUUCUAUGCCAACCUGUUUGGGAAGGACAUCAAGUGUGUGUGCUGCUCCUACAGGUGGCCAUACCGGUGGUGUCUGUCCGGCUGGUGAAGAAACAUCGAACCGCCGGCCUGGUGCCCAACGGCCUGGCCACCACCAUCGACACCAGCCAGAAGUACGUGUUUGUGUCCCUGCUGUCCAGGGACAGCGUCUACGAUGUCCUCCGGAGGAUCUGUACACACCUGCAGGUGAACGGUAAGAAGAGCCUGAGUCUGAAGCUAUACCUGGAGGAACCCAGCUCCCUGUCUAUGGAUGAGUUCCCUGUGGUGGCCGACUUCCCCCCGGUGUUGAAGUGGAGGAGGCAGCCAUCUGUGCCCUCGGUGUCCUCCUCCCUCCCAGACCUGCUGGGAAACUCCACCAGUAGCCUGAGCACUGUGGACACCCCCUACCCCGCAGAGGCUCCGCUCACCGACCGCAGUCUGGAGACAGAGAAGAUUCUGCUGACCGAAGCAGCCCCAGAGCUGGGACCCCUGGAGUACCAGCUGCUCAAGUUCUUCAUCCUGCUCAUCGUGCUCCUCAUCCUGUCCUCCUGCUACCUGGCCUUCAGAGUCUGCAGCCUGGAGCAACAGCUGGCCUUCCUUAACACACACUCCACCCUGCCCCUGAGAGAGAGGUAACCCUCAUCCGUCCCCAUUGGACGGACAGCCUGUCAGUCACAGAGUUCACCUGCCGAUUGGGCCAACAGUCUUGGUUCUGUCACCUGUUCCCUCCGUCGCCCCCUGCUGGCCAUCCCCUAAAAAGACUCAAGACCAACCAAGACUGAACAGAAACACGGCACCUACACUGGCAGCCCUUUAGGAGUGCUAGCGAGGCAAUAACUCCUUUCUCCCAUCCCAAGAGACACUGGCUGUUUAUCAAUCUGAAGAAUGCUAAGAACUUACUUGCGUUCUUGAGAAGAACUUUCUUGCCAAGCGUCUUGCGAGAACGGUCUUGCAGGACGGGGAGCGAUUUGAGAAGCGUGUGUUCAUGCAAUGAUUUCUGGGAAAUCCGAUGCAUUCUCUCUGACCAAGUCACCAUCCGAUGCAUCCUCGAUAAAAGGGGCGGAUCAAGAACACUUCCGGGUAUUUUGGGCGUUCUUGGU